UAGCAAGGACUCAAAUGAAGUGAUACAUAAAAAUCAGGUUUUCUGUCUUCUUUGAGCGCGACCGCCCAUCCGAGGACGAGCAGGCUUUCUGCGUUUGAAAUGUCGUCAUACUGGUGAUUCAGAGUUUUUAAGAGCUGUGCGCCUGUUGAAGAGGUCUGAAGAGGUGAAAACAGAAUCAGUGUAUAAGGCAGAUGGUCCCUCCAGCAGUUGCAUCGUCAGGCCUUCAGCACCACAUUUGUCAUCAUUAGAGCUCGUGACUCCUGCACGCUGCACUCACUCCACUGUGGUUUGCUUUGCAGCACCCCCCUCUGUGUGUGACAGGCUGUGACAGCCAGUCCAUUUAUGGAGAGUACACUCAUGGUAACUAUGGAAACAAGUAAACUGUGCAGGGGAAAUGGGAAGAAGAAGAGAAGAAUUAGAAGAGUUUGGACUCAAAGAGCAUCCAGAGAAUGCACUUAGAGAGUUUAUUUAGAGGUUGGACUUGUUUCUUUCUGCCAGCAGAGGAGAGCUGAUGUGAAGAAUGAUUUCUAUUUCCACAUCACAUCAAUGCAGGGCAACUGAAGUAAGGUGUUAAUGAGAAAAGCUUUACAGAGCUAUCAACAAAAGAUGACACUAGCACCAAGAUCAUCUGCUCACUCUGCUAAAAUGAAGACCACAAUGAGCACCUGGACUCCACUGAACCACCCACUGUCCAACAGCAAGGUGUUUGAAGAGAGGCGGAGCCUUCUAGCAAAGUGGUUUGACAGGUGGUCUGACAGCCAGAGGAGGGCGGUGCUGCAGGAUUUAGUGCUGAGCUGUUCUGUAGAUCAGCUGAUGUUCCUGAGUCUCAGUGUGAGCAGACGGCUCCCCCUGCAGGCCGCAGACUUCACAUGCGUGCUUCCCAGAGCCCUCUGCCUCUACCUCUUCUCCUUCCUGGACCCACGCAGCCUCUGUCGAUGUGCCAAGGUGAGCUGGCACUGGAAGAGCAUAGUGGAGCUGGACCAGCUGUGGAUGCCAAAGUGUGUUAGGCUCGGAUGGUACAUCAACUUCUUACCCUCACCAUUCGAGCACGGCGUCUGGAAGAGACACUACAUCCAGAUGGUGCAGGAGCUGAGACACGCCUUGUUGCAGAACACUGCAUCCCAGCAUCAGUUAUUGGCUCCUAAUUUAUCAGACAUCAGCGGUAGACCUGAAGAUCUGUCAGAGGUGGAUUUAGUCAGUGCAGAGCGUCCAGCAUCGAGCUCUCAGCCACUCAGAGGAACCUCCAGGAAAAAGCAGCUGACUUGCCCUCCACCAUGGAGAGACUCUGACAGAAACCCUAAAGACACGCUACGCUUCAACUACUUAGACAACACCGAUCCCAGUGACCAAGGACAAAUGAAAAUUCAAUCCUCAACCUGCCGAGCGAACACAUGGAAGCCAGACGUAGGGACUAAGACAUCACUCUCUGAGGCAAACUACAAACUACGCAAAGCCAAAUCGCUGAUGUUCCUCAGCUCCAACUGCAGGCCUCAGACUCCUCCAUCUCAUGAGACCCAGACUCGGUUUCUUUAUGACCACCCCAUCUCUAAUGACACCUCUGAGAACACGCUGCGCCUCGCCCAGUGGAAUGCUGGGAUCCGUCCAGGCCCGGUGAGGCCAGCGAUUCCCCGCCUUAGCGUGGAGGCGCUCAGGGCAUCUCAGCGCUCCCACCGGAGUGCUCCCAGUAAGCCGUUGUUUAAGGCAUGGACUGCUCCUACUUCACACGCGCAAGACAUAAGGUGAAGCACAUCGCCACCAUCAGGAGGAUGUCAGGAUUACAGCUUCAGAGCUACAGACUGUCAGUAGUGUAAUUAACUUUACAUGUAAUGAACUAAAAGGUUUUAUACCAGCACAGUACUGAGUGGAGAUUCAGCGAUAUGCAGAGAUGAUGGGAUUUUUAAUUUUAGAGUUGAAUUUUGCACUUGGAAAGAAAAAAAAAAGUCUGUUAGUCUGUUGCAUCAGCUGUACAUUGUUUGUGAUCAUGGUUAUACUGGGAAUUAUUUUAGGUAUUCAACAUUUUUAAUAAGGAUGUCUCAAAAUAACACAUAUUAUGGUGCUAUUUAAAAACCAGAAGAUGUUUUUUUUUCUUAAAGGUGCUCUACAGUUUUUAAACUCCAGAAAUGUUUGAUAACCGAGUCUUCAUUCCAUUUGUAUCUUGCAGAUUUUCCACAUAAAUUUCUAUUGAUGGAAACAGCAGUAGUAAUAUAUAUGUGGUUCAUGUCUUACAUAAAUUUGGUAUUUUGAACAUGAAUAAGCUGCAAUAAAUGAAAAAUAGCUAUAAAAUAGAUUUUGAUUAUCCAAAAAGUCCCUGAAGAGGAUCCUUAGCCCAAACAGCAAGGUCUAAGAACCUCAGAAGCCUCCAAAUGUCUUCAUUAUUUUAAAAAUAUUUAAAAAUUUAUAUUUGGGGCCCAAGCCUGGUAACAAGAAUUUCAUUCUUGUAUGUUUCUCCUGUAAAACAUUACAGCAUUCAGCCCCUGAUCUACUUCUGAACUACAAAUAUGAUUUUUGGCGUGCAUAUUCAUUAUGACAAAUCCCAACAGGAAGACCACCAGCUUCAUCUCAAUUUCCAGAUAAUGCCUCUUUUUGGAAAAUUAUUUAUUGAAUUCUGUCAUAGCUUUGGGGAACAUUAUUCUACGAUUUCUUUUUUCUUUUUUUAAUGCCCAGACAACAGUACAACACAGCCACAUGCAAACAGCUCAUCAUAGCGCCCUCUGUCUUGUGCAAGGAUGCCUUAGUGCCUAUGGGGAGCAUUUUAAUAUCUCGCCAAUUUCACAGGAAUUCUGAUAGGAAACACCUUAACGUCCCACCUUGUUUUAUGUUACGCUAUAACUAUUGGUCCUGCCCCGGUCACCCCUACAUACCUGCAUCUUCCUUUCUCAAAAUGCCGCCUACUGUUGACAGUGAGUACUACCGCAUAUACAAAGGGCAAUGUGCUCAUUGAUCUACUGGUCUCCCUGCCCUGCUGCAGCAAGCUGCACAGGUUGCUAACACCCAAGUAUCUCCAGAACAAAUAUGACCAAUAUUUGGUUGACACAUGGAGCAUCGUAAGACCUUCAAAAAAGCCACUUGGAGCCAUGUAAAAAAUCCCAACAGGAAGUCAACCAGCUUCAUCUAAAUUUUAAAAUAAGGCAUUUUUGAUGGUGUCAAAUGACUUUAACCUAUUAUAACUUCAUUAAAAAAUAAUCUGUGAUCUUCUGGUCCUACAGUAUCACACUGAACAUGCUCACAUGCAAACAUCUUUUUAUAGCGCUCCUAUUGACAACAAGAUGCAACACCAAUGGGUCAUAUCUUCAUUCCUCUUAUUGUGCUUAACCUAUUGAGCUCUGAUUUUGAAAGAAAGGCCCCACUGUUUGGCCACAACACAGAUAUGUUUCAUUGACGGAUGUCUCACUGGCGAUGGCGAGCAUUUCAAUAUUUUGCCAAUUUGCAGGAAGUAUUUGCAACUCACAUACCCAACAUCUGAUUGCCUUCAAAUUUCACAUGUAGGAUCAAGGCCUGCCCCUCUACAUAUUCAAAUGUUAAUUUCCUCGUCUUGAUGUAGCACCUCUACCGGCAACAGGAAGUGAUACAACUGGGUCAUUUCUUCAUUGGCGAGCAAUUCAUAAACACGCAUAAACACUGAAACACUUACAUCAAACUUCUGAUUUGCAUAAAGUCUCACAUGUAUGAUUAGGGUCUGCCCCUCUACAUAUUUAAAUGUGCAUGUUAAUAUGUAUUACAUGUUUUACUUAUGUACUACCCACUGCAAGGAAGCAGAAGCAUCUCUAACAUACAAUCUAAGGUCCUGUCAUUUUACAUGAAAAAUAACAGUCCAAGAAGGAUCAGCAUGCUUUCUGUGCUCUGCUGCAGCACACAGCAUAGGUUGCUUACACCCAAUAAUUCCCACACUUUCAUCUGGCUUAGAGACAUGUUAAAAAUUUUUUUUGGUGAGUUUGAGUUAAAAUGCUUUUUAAGUAAUGUUGGUCAUUUGAGUAUUUAUAACAUGCAUUUGGGUAUGUACUCUGGUUCUGUGGCUUAUCAACUUAAAAGAAAUGCUUUAAAACAUUUUUUACUCACUACAGUUGCUUUCAGCUAAAGGUUAAGAGGCCUCACACUGGAUGUUUUUUCAGGUCUGACUAGCAUCAUCCUUUCAAAGUUUGAGCCUUUGA